AUGAACAAGUUCUCUUUUUAUGCAACCUUGGCUCUUGUCCUUGCGGUAUUUGUCGGACCCUUAACCGCUUUGGCUCGAUCGGUGCAAUCUCAGCCGUUGGAUCUAUCAUAUUCGUCAUUCGGAGAUCUAGCAAAGAAUGUUCCAGUACUUCUAUCAAGUCCCGACAAGCGCGGGAACCACGGCUCUCCGACCCCUUCUCCUGACGUGAGAUCUCAGCCGUUGGAUGUAUCGUAUUCAUCAUCUGGAGAACUACUGAAGAAUGUUCCAGUGCCUCCAUCAGGUCCCGGCAAGCGCGGAAACCACGGCUCUCCGACCCCUUCUCCUGACGUGAGAUCUCAGCAGAUGGAUCUAUCGUAUUCGUCAUUCGGAGAACUAGCAAAGAAUGUUCCAGUGCCUCCAUCAGCUCCUGGAGAAUAUCAAAAUGAUGAAAAUGGUCUUCAGAACGCAGAAGACAAUGAGAUUUCCAUCAACUACAUCCAUAAUGGAAAGAUUCCCGACAAGCGCGGGAACCACGGCUCUCCGACUCCUUCUCCUGACGUGAGAUCUCAGCCGUUGGAUGUAUCGUAUUCAUCAUCUGGAGAACAACCGAAGAAUGUUCCAGUGCCUCCAUCAGGUCCCGGCAAGCGCGGGAACCACGGCUCUCCGACCCCUUCUCAUGACGUGAGAUCUCAGCCGUUGGGUCUAUCGUAUUCGUCAUUCGGAGAGCUAUCAAAGAAUGUUCCAGUGCCUCCAUCAGCUCCUGGCAAGGGCGGCAACCACGGCUCUCCGACUCCUUCUCCUGACGUGAGAUCUCAGCCGUUGGAUGUAUCGUAUUCAUCAUCUGGAGAACUACCGAAGAAUGUUCCAGUGCCUCCAUCAGGUCCCGGCAAGCGCGGGAACCACGGCUCUCCGACCCCUUCUCAUGACGUGAGAUCUCAGCCGUUGGGUCUAUCGUAUUCGUCAUUCGGAGAGCUAUCAAAGAAUGUUCCAGUGCCUCCAUCAGCUCCUGGCAAGGGCGGCAACCACGGCUCUCCGACUCCUUCUCCUGACGUGAGAUCUCAGCCGUUGGAUGUAUCGUAUUCAUCAUCUGGAGAACAACCGAAAACCGAGCGCCUCCAUCAGGUCCCGGCAAGUCCCGGCAAGCGCGGGAACCACGGCUCUCCGACCCCUUCUCCUGACGUGAGAUCUCACUCGUGGGAUCUAUCGUAUUCGUCAUUUGGAGAACUAGCAAAGAAUGUUCCAGUGCCUCCAUCAGCUCCUGGCAAGGGCGGCAACCACGGCUCUCCGACUCCUUCUCCUGACGUGAGAUCUCAGCCGUUGGAUGUAUCGUAUUCAUCAUCUGGAGAACAACCGAAAAAUGUUCCAGUGCCUCCAUCAGGUCCUGGCAAGCGCGGGAACCACGGCUCUCCGACCCCUUCUCCUGACGUGAGAUCUCAGCCGUUGGAUUUAUCGUAUUCGUUAUUCGGAGAACUAGCAAAGAAUGUUCCAGUGCCUCCAUCAGCUCCUGGCAAGGGCGGCAACCACGGCUCUCCGACCCCUUCUGCUGACGUGAGAUCUCAGCCGUUGCAUGUAUCGUAUUCAUCAUUUGGAGAACUGUCAGAAGAAUACUCCAGUGCCUCCAUCAACACCCAACAUGCGUCGCGAUAA